AUGGGUGAUGGGAGGAUUGAGAAAAUGGAGAUUGAUUUUUCGAGCGCCGUAGACGCCCUAAUACCCACGGUUAAGGCGACUGCAUCAGAGGGAGACACUGAUGGUGCGCUAGAGCAAUGCAUCGCGCUUGAAAAGCAAACUAGAAUGGCAUCUGACGCGAUUUCCACCGGUCGAUUACUAGAGGUUAUGGUGGAACUCCUUGGUGAUGCUGGAAAGUGGGAACAACUUAACAGGCAUUUAGAAGCCAUGACAAAGAAACGAAACCAGCUGAAACAGGCAGUGACGAAAAUGGUCCAGAAAAGCCUACUCUAUCUUGAUAAAACUCCAGACGAAGAGACAAAGCUGUCACUUAUUGCAGCUUUGCGACGUAUAUACGUUGAGGUAGAGCGGGCCCGGUUAACUAGGGAACUCGCGCGAAUUAAGGAAUCUCACGGUAACAUCGAUGAGGCGGCUUCAGUCCUUCAAGAGCUGCAGGUAAAUCGCUCAGUCUUCUCAUCAAAAACCCAGGUCGAAACAUACGGGUCCAUGGAGAAAAAGGAAAAGGUAGAGUUUAUGCUUGAACAGAUACGACUGGGGCUGGCGAAAAAAGAUUACAUCCGAACCCAAAUCAUUAGUAGAAAAAUUUCCCCGAAGUUUUUCAGCGACGAGACUCAUGAACAACUGAAACUGAAAUACUAUCACCUGAUGAUCGAACUCAACUCCCACGAUGAUCAGUACCUGAAUAUCAGCAAGCACUAUUGGGAAGUCUAUAACACAAAGAGCAUACAGGAGGAUGAACAAAAGCGCUAUUUAGCCCUUAAACACGUGGUUGCAUAUUUGCUGCUAGCCACAUUCGACAAUGAGCAGCAUGAUCUUAUGUGCAGACGUAAACUUGUCAAGGAAAUGGAGCGGAUACCGGCUUAUCUCGAGAUGCUCAAGGCUUUCACAACCCCUGAGCUUCUUCGAUGGGAUGAAUUUUGCGCGCGAUAUGAGACUAUUCUUCGCACGGAAACCGAUGUGUUCUCCAAGGAGAAGUCUCCCGAGAAGGCUGAAAAACGAUGGAACGAUCUACACUCACGGUUGAUCGAACGCAAUAUCCGGGUGAUUGCCGGCUACUACACAAAGUUACGUCUUCAGCGUUUGGCUCAGCUGCUUGAUCUGGAUAUUGAACAAGCUGAGAAAUAUUUGUCAGAGUUGGUGGUGGGCAAGACUAUCACAGCAAAGAUCGAUCGAUUGGAAGGAAUAGUCCACUUUACGGUGCCCAAGACGCCUACCGAAAUAUUAAAUGACUGGUCCUAUAAUACUAAAUGCCUGAUGACCCUGAUCAACCAGGCUACUCACCUCAUCAACAAGGAACGUGUACUGCACUCCAUGUGAGACCAUAUCGACGUGUGUUCAUUAUCCCUGUUUGCGCUAUACAGUUCCCUCACUUUUGUUCUUUUUUUCUUCGAAUCGCAGCUUUAGUGUGUAUUUCUCAUAUGCGUAAUGCCGUCCAGUGACCCGUAUUUUUUGCUUAGUUCGUUGUUGCAAUGAAGAAUCUAGUGAACUCGGUUAAUUUUUAAUAGUCACGUUGAAAGUACAGCAUAAAAAAACUGACAAGGGAGGAAGCAACCUCC